CCCCCCCCCCCCCGCAUCUCCUGUUAAGUUUACCCCACAGCCAAAACAAGCGAAAAACCUUGUUGUUACGCGGAUGCAUUUUUGGGUUGUUGAGCACCUCUUCCACAUGACCUCGAGCACCAUAAGCAUCGCUGGGAGAGUUCUCACGCGCACACUCAUAUAAGAUAACAGGUGCUGUAGAGGGGAAACCGGCUGGCAAGUACGGCUGGGAAGAGUCUCGAGACGAAGCGACUCAAUCCGACGACAGUCCACGGGUCGAUCGCAUCGAUUGCCGGCGUUUGCCCCCACCUCUACUGCAGGCGGACCCCCGUCAUCCCACCAUGUCAUCUUAUCUCUCCAAUUCCUCUACAUCACCGCGACAAGCCUCCUUCUCUGGAACCGGAUAUGAACAUGACGACAUGAGUCAUCGUCCUCGCUCACAUUCCUCGUCCUCGCGAGCCAAUCGGCCGAGCGUGACAUCUAGGCAUUCGUCAAGGGGUCGGAGACCUAGUACCGCGUUCACGGGGUCUUCGGGCAGCUACUCUGAAGGAGAAGAUGAUGAUGAAGACGAGGAGUGGGAAAAUGGAGCACGAGUGGGCCGAAAGACAAAUAAGAAGAAGAAAGAUGAACCGAUGAGCCCGGUCGUCGUUGUGUUCUACGUGACUGCCCUCUACAUCAUCUUCCAGAUUCUCACGCGGUCUGACGAACACGAAAUCCUCGCACACCUCCCACAAUCUCUCCGUGGCCGUUCGCCAGUGGGCCUAGGCGGCUCCAACGUCCAUUCCGACGUCGCGUCCCACCAACAUUACGCCUUCCCCUACCAUCUACCUCACCUCAAUUCGCCUCUCCCUUCAUCCUCAGAAACCAGUCCAGGAUUCUGGCGAUCCCUGCUCGGCAUUGUCAUUUACCCGCUCUACCUGAUCAUCACUCUCCUCGCCAUCCCGGUCCCACUCUUACUCAAUACAGCCCAUCUCAUCCUAUCCGUCCUCUCUACGGUCUUGUACCCUCUUACAUCCACUAUACGCAUUCUCGGUCGGACCUUCAUUCUCGGUCCCCUGGGCAUGAUCAGAUCCAUGCUCGGAGUCUUUUAUCCCAUCUACACAUUUGUAGGUGGGGUCAUAGGCGUGGGUUGCGUCAUGGGCAUGGGGGCAGGAUGGGUCGGUCAGACUGUACUUGAUUUGAUCUAUGGCAAGUCGAAAAACCAGGUGAAAAAGUCCAGCCGGAGGCGAGACAGGUCGACCAUCAGCGCGAGAACGAGUUCCGAACCAGUGAACGAGCACACAGUCGAGGCCACGUCGCACUCUCAUGCUACCUCAAUUAUUCGAUCAGUUCGACAUUCAUCUGUCGAGCCGUCGAAGAGCAAGACCCAAAAAUCCGGCCCACUCUCCUCAGUCUCUUCGAAUGUGAACCCCUCUGCCGCGAGGAAACUCGUCAAACCGGACAAGCAGGGAGUGCUCGACAAGUUUGCCUCAAAUUACGAGGACGAAUACAGGGCUGAAGUCCCUCUGAAACAUACCAAAGCAUCAGGGGAUGGAGUAACGACCGGUAGGGAAGCUCAAGCAAUAGGCACCAGGAAGAGGCUGCACGCCUCACAGUCUCGUACAGGAGAGAUUGGCAAGGCUUGGUGACGCAAACGACCCCAUUUUUUCAGGGUGUUUACUUUCGUUUGGAGGUUGGAUUAGAUUCAGCUGUAUCAUGGUUGUAGAAUAGACUGAAUGAUUGUCCGUGAACAUACCCUAUAGCGAUACAUUAUGACCAUGAGUUUUGCCAUUUGACGCUUCUAUGCCAUGACAUGUAUGUGAGUUU